AUGUCGGCUGAUGAAGACAAUGAAACUACCAACCCAGUUCUGAUGCAGCUGACCCACCACAUGAUUAUAUUCCCUAAGGUGAUACCAUCACAAUGCAUCACUGAAGAGGAUUUGGCAUCGGCAGGUUCGCAUCACUCAGAAGGCACGCAUGAUAGAGGUUUCUGGGAUGCAGAAAGCAGGCCUGUUGAAUGGGGCCAGGACUCUGCUAUCGCCACAGCAGUGAAGAUCACAUGUGCGAUCAACGGAGUCAGCAUCCGGAAAAGAAUGCAGGCAAAGGCAAAGGCAAAGGCCACAGCGGCAGGUGACUCCCACCCUGUCAGAUGCUCUAAGUCACAUGCCCCCAAGUCCCGAGUUGUGAACAAUACUCCGGUCAAUACCCGGUCCUGGCAGAUCUUGAUACCGCCGGCACUUUCCUCUUUGGAUGUUGAGCCCAACAACAUUGAACACGGAGACUCUGCACCGGAUGCUAACCCAAUGUCUGUUGAUGUUCCACUGGUUCACACAGAGGUUCAACCGAUGCCUAUGAUGUGCCCAUUGGUGCAAGCCGAGGCGGAAACGCUGCAAGCAGUCAAUCCCGCGCAGCCCGAGCCAACUGCAAGGGACAUCCUCCAGAGCAUCCAGGACCUUGGAAGGCGGCUUGAUCUUCUCGCCACCAGCGAAAGGGUCGAUGAGUUGGAUGCAAGACUCGGUUCGGUGGAAGAUGUCUUUGGGCGGCGAUUGAGUGCACUUGAGCAACAUCUCAAUUCACCUGAUACAGAAUGGAGAGCAAUGUCAGCUUCUGUUGGCCAUUUAACCAUUGCUCUUCGGGACCAUAAAGAUGAUCUGACUGCACAUCGUUCCCGUAUCAACACUACCGCUUAUGCCCCCCCAAGUCAUGCAAAUGCACACCUGCCGGCCUGGCUCACUCAGAGUGAUGAAGACCCACACAUCUCAGCAAUUGGCCGACAGUGGACUCAUGCGUGGGAUGCGUCUGUGAUGACAGGUGUUCAAGGGCAUGUCGGCACCUCAGCAUCUGCUGUGCUCAUUACGGAAACUGUCGAUUCCAUGGUCCCGGCAGCGGAUGUAUCGCCAGACACCUCUAACAAUCUCUCAAUGAUAUCCGAUGAUUAA